CAGCCAAGUGUGGCUCAACCACCUGGCUCAAACCAAGGGCGUCAAAGUCUCUAAGCUUCACACCAAGAUCACUUGGGAGGCCAUGACUGAGAAGUGGCGGAAACGCUUCAUCGUCGCCCUAAUGGCGGAGCUACGCAACUACUUGCACGCUGCAGUACCAGCUCCGUUGAUGGAAGACGGAGUAGCGGUUGUUGACCUUCGCGAGUACAUUGCGAAGAUUGACCGCGUGUACGCCACGCAACGGUACGACGACGCCGACGCACCGUUACUCUACGUCCGCAUUCAGAUCGGGAAGGCGACCUGCAGCGCCUUGAUUGAUUGUGGAGCUACUCCCAACUACAUCAACCAGGAUUUCAUGACCCGCGCCGGCCUUGGGCGGCGCGUUCGAAGGAAAUCGCAGCCCACGCAAGUCACGUUGGCUGACGGUCGUACGCACAAGUCCAUUGACCGGUGCAUUGACUCCGUCCCCGUGUACUUCGCCCCGCUUGCACACGAGGCCGUGUCCUUUGACAUAUUGGACACAAAGUUCGACAUGAUUUUGGGCAUGUCAUGGCUGCGUAGCGAGGACCACCCGGUGAACCUCUACCUCCGCACCGUUCACGUUCGUGACCGGAACGGGGUACUUGUGCUAUGUACGGUCCCCCCACCUCAUCCUUCGAUUUGUUGUCACGUGGUCUCCACGGCAAGCAUUCGCAACUCCAUCGCACGGAACGACGUGGAGGAAAUGGGCAUUUGUUUCUUGCAUGCCCUCCCUCCUCCCGACGAGCCAGCGGCAGAACAGCCACCGGAUCCACGCAUUGUACAACUUCUUGACUCCUAUGGCGACGUCUUUGAAGCCCCCACCGGAAUCAUACCGAAUCGGCCAAUUCGUCACGAGAUCAUCCUCGAAGACGGGGCCGUACCUCCACGCAGAUAUAUUUACCGCAUGAGCGAGGAGGAACUCGAAGUGCUUCGAACGCAACUCGAUGACCUCAUUGACAAGGGCUGGAUUCGCCCUAGCUACUCGCCCUACGGUGCCCCUGUUCUCUUCGUCCGGAAGAAGAACAAGGAGCUACGCUUAUGCAUUGACUAUCGCAAGGUUAAUGCUCAAACCAUUAAGAAUGCCGGCCCGAUUCCACGCAUCGACGAUUUUCUCGAACGCUUGGGCGGCGCCAACAAGAGCUCGAUCCGUCCGCUUGCGAGCAAGAUCAAGGCCAUUCAGGAUUGGUCGGAACCGGCCAACACCAUGGAGGUUCGCUCUUUCAUGGGAUUGGUCGGGUACUACCAACGCUUCAUCGGAGGAUACACACGGAUCGCCGCACCGUUGUCCAGAUUGCAGUCUCCACAGGUGCCCUUCCAGUUCACCGACGAAGUCCGCAGUUCAUUCCACAAAUUGAAGACGACGUUGCUCCUCGCCCCCGUCUUGAGUAUCUACGAUCCUACCUUGCCGACGAGAGUGACUACGGACGCUUCCGGCUACGGGAUGGGUGCAGUUUUGGAACAACACGAUGGAGUAGAUUGGCAUCCGGUUGAGUACUUCAGCCAAAAGGUGCCUCCCAUCAACUCGGUUGAUGAUGCGCGGAAGAAGGAGUUGCUCGCGUUCAUCACGGUACUCAAGCGUUGGCGACACUUCCUCCUCGGGCGUCGUAGGUUCACUUGGGUGACGGAUAAUAAUCCAUUGACCUACUACACGACACAAGACACGGUGAGCAGCACGAUUGCUCGGUGGAUGUACUUCAUCGAUCAGUUCGACUUCACACCGAAACACAUUCCGGGUCUCUCCAACCGAGCCGCGGAUGCUCUCUCGCGAAGAUCAGAUCUUUGCGCAGUGACUCACCACGCGUUCAGCUGCAUCUUCGAUGAUCUUCCUUUUCCAAGGACCGCCGACAUUGACGCCGCUUGUUCGCCCGCCUCCGUUCGGAAGUAUAGGGACUUGCUGGCUAAAGCCCGCGCCAACAUGCAAAAGGCUCAAGUCCGCAUGCAACAGCAAGCUAAUAGGCGUCGCGUGCCAUGCCCCAUCCGCGGCGGCGACCUUGUUUGGGUCUCCACUGAAGAGUUUGCACUCGAGCAGGAUGUAUCCCGCAAGCUACUUCCAAAGUGGUUUGGACCAUGGCCCGUCACAUCAGCCGCGGGUGAUGAGCCCGAUGGCCCCUCAUUUGUCAUCGAUAUCCCACCGCAUCUCACAGUGCACCCGGUUUUCCACGCCUCCAAGUUGGCCACAUAUACACCAGCCAAGAGCAUCGACUUCCCGGGACAACGAUCAUCGGACCCUCCUUCCAUGGAUGGUCAUCAGGAAGUCGACCGCGUCAUCACGCAUCGCAAGCACGACAACAAGCCUAUGAAGUACAAAGUCACAUUCAAGUGGUGCGACCCCGAUGACACGCUAUGGAUUUCCCGGGCAGCUUUGCGAGCCUCCGCUCCUGACAUCUAUGCUCAUUAUGAGAAGAAACGGCUAGCGACGGAAGCUGCACAGCCUCCCACCCGGACUUCAGUCCCUCCCUCCACCAGACAGCUUCGCCCUCGCAGACAAGUGUCUGAUGAAACCAACGUGGUGGUGGACAGAUGUACGGAAAGGGGGGUGGAGGGAUCAUCGCGGUCUAAUCGGGAUAAGGCCGCGUACAUUGAUGUAUCCGAGGCAUAUGACCAUCCGCUCAUUAAAUUUCACCUGCAAGAUAAGUACUUUGAGAAGUGUGAGGAAUGGUACGAGUACAACGCGGCGAACGAGAUUCAUGAGAGAGAACAAUGUUUGCAUGAAUCUCAGCCUAAACUGCGGUAUGGUGUUGAAGGUAAGGUUCCCAGUGAUUUUGCGUUGAAGAGGGAUGAGUUGCUACAAAUGUUGAAGAAGGAGGAGGAGGAAGUGAAUGCAUUGAGGAAUGCAUUUAUGAAAGUUGAGUUGAAUGCACGGGGAAUGGUUGAAAGUUUCAUUGAAGCGAAACGAAGUGAAGAGGUAAAAGAUUCCUCUGUGUCCGAUGUUGGGGUUGUGAAGAAGGAGGCGGAUGCUGCUGAGGAGAUGGACAAAGAGUUUAAGCGUUUAAUUCAAUCGUUCAUUACAAACGAUUUGUUAGACGAAGUUUGUCAGCUUAGUACUAGAGUUCAGCCGCACCUGUCGCGGGAGUGUGAGGAUUUGCGUCGGCGAUUAGAAGAACCGGAGAGUGGGGUGAGAAAAAUAUUGUUGAGAGGUGCUUUGCCAUCGGUUGAUGCUUCUUUUGCCUCGGACCUCUUUGACAUUCCAUCAAUUGCAACUUUGGAAGACCUUCCAAAAACGCGUUUGAUUGCUAUGUUAAAGUUAUUGCAAAAUAUUGGUUCAGAGCUGGUACACAGGAAUGUGCUUUUAGAGGUGCAAAAUACGAUGAAGUUUCCGGUAAGUGACAAUCAGUUGAGGGGAACAAUGAUCACGCUUGGACAUUUGUACAAGCAGACACGGGAAGAGUUGAUGGAUUUAUUGUUCAAGGAUAUUUUUCCUGAUCGAUGUGAUGAGGGAUUCACGAAUGGCACAGUGAGACAUUACAGAGAACAAUUGUACACUUUGAGAAUUUUAUUGGCGAAUGUCAUUGAUGCCCAUUCGCCAAUGCAAUUUAUGAAGGAGAUCGAGGAUGUGAAAAUGGAAUUGAAUGCUCUUGCGAGCAUAAACAAGGAACAUGAGACAAGAUUGCAUGAGGUGCUGCUUGCGUUGAUUGAAGCACUGAAGCGUCCGUGUCGUAAGUGUGGCCGCUUAUUAAGCCAUUUGAGAAGGGGGGAUCAUAACAUGUUUAAUGAUUUGGCGGUUGUUAGACGUAAGUGUGACAACACGACAAACCUUUAUCUUGAUGGAGAUGCCAUUGUUGAUGAGCGACAGCAGUUCGCAAUGGAAGAAAGGAGGAGGUAACUUCGUGGAGGUAACUUCGUGGAGGUAACUUCGUGGAGGUCACGAUCUGGAUGAGUAUUGCAAUUUGUUUUUAUGAUUCACUAUGAAGUGAAUCGUAUUCAAGCAAUAAAAUUAGGAGUGGAUUAUGUUAGACUAAAGAAAGUAAAAUGAGCGGUUAAUG